AAAUGAGCGAUAAAUCAUAAUCUCCGCCUACAAAGAAAUUUAGCAAUACUACAAAUAAGAAAUAAUUUUCAAAUGAGAAAAUUUAGACAAAAAAUUAUCAACCUUCUAGAUUUGUUGUAGCGGAAAGAUUAUAACCAAUUACGUACAAUAAUUUAAUAACAAUAGAUAUAAAGCACAUGAAGUAUUAAGUGAGUUUUAAACAAAAAUAGAAAGUACAAUAUCAAAUUAGAACAAACUAAAAAAUAUUUAACCAAAUCAAUAGAGAGUUAUAUAGGUAAUAAUAAAAAAAAAUGUUAUUUAUAGCCAAAAGAAUAUAAAAAGAAACCUUUAAGAAGAUAAGAAAAUGACAUGUAAAUGUAUAAAGAUAUAUUUGUUUAACCAAAAGCAGAUGCUUUAGAAGAGUUAAAAGAAAAAGAGAAGGAUUUUGAAGCUCUUUUUCAUAAAGGCCAAGCAAAAUAAUAUGAUAAAAUACUUAACAUAAAAGAGGAUGAAGAUAAGUCUACUAAAAACUUAUUAGGAAGUUUAUUUAAUGAAUAAUUAAUAAAAUCUACAGGUCCAAAUGAUAAUAUUGAUUUAAAAAAAGAAAUUGAUAAAGUGGCUAAAAUGGAUUUGCCAGUUUAAUAAGAAACAAAUUUUUAAUUUUUUGAUCAAUAAAUAUCAGUUUAACCUCCAGAUCUUCCAAAUGCUAGUAUUGCAUCACCUUUAACUCCAGGAAAUGGAUAUGCACCUUCUAUUCCUUAUACAAAUAAUGUUAAAGAAAAUAAUAGAACUAGUCUUAAAGAUCUAUUAGUUAGAGCAAAAGCAGGUAUGUAAGCAGGAGAUAUAUAAAAAGAAGCACAUUUAUCUUUUUAUUUAGGAAUGGUUUAUGAAAGUAGUAAAAAUUAUAAUGAAGCUGUCAGAUUUUAUAAAAAAUUUGUUGCUUGUGCUAAACUUAUGGAAGAUAAAAUUGGUAUGGCUUUAGGAACAAAUCGAGUAGCAUUUAAUUAUUAUAAUUCUGGAAAUUAUAUUAAAUCUAUUGAAUUUCAUUAAUAAAAUCUAUAAUAUUCAGAUCAAGAAAAUCUUUUUACUGGUUUAUAUAAUAUGGGAUUAGCUUAAAGAAGGUUAUAAAAUUAUGAAGAUUCAAUCGAAUAUUUUUCAUAAGCUUUAGAAUGGGCUUAAAAAAGAGAUGAAGCUGAAUCUUAAUGUAUUUCAUAUGGAUAAUUAGGAAUUCUUUAUUUUGAUGUUAAAUAAUAUUAAUUAGCUUAUGAGAAUUUUUAAGUAUUUAUUAUUAAAUUAAUAUGACAGAAUUGUUAUGAAUUAGCCAGAAGAUUAAAAAAUCAUAAACUUUAAUUAGAGUGUCUAUUAAAUUUAAAUAAAAUAUCAGGAUAUUUAGAAACUCCUAUUUAAACUUAAACAGAUAUUUUAAGAAAUGCUAUAUAAGUAUUUUAAAUAUCAUAUUAUUAGUGUGCCAAUCAUUUAAAUGAAAAAUCGAUAGCUACAUUGUGCCUCUGUAAUCUAGGUGUUUUGGAAUCAAAAUCUCACUAACUAAUCUAAAAUUAUGAUGAUUUAGAAUAUGAAUAAUUUUGA